ACUGGUGUGCUCAACUACAAACAGCUCAGUAAAACACAAACCCUGACAAACUGACCUUGGAACCUGCUGCUUUUCUUCUUCCACUGAAAUCAGUCAGUCUGGACAUCUUGGUGGGCGUGACCAACAAUGAUACCUUUUCUGGACCCAAACUUUAGUGAGACAUUAGGACCUCUAUGAAGUCCGCUCUGCUGUGCUCAGCUGGAGGAGAGGCUGUCAGACUGCAGGAGCUGGAGGGAAACACUGUAACCAUCCAUACUGGAUUAACUGGAGUUCAGAGUGAUGCUCAGAUACUGUGGUUUUAUGGACCUGAGAAUAAAAAGAUAGUGAACAGUCUGGUGAUUAAAGGGGAGACUAAACCGUUCUAUGACAGUGAGAGAUUCAGAGACAGACUGCAGCUGAACAGAAACAGUGGAUCUUUAACCAUCACAAACAUCAGCAGAGAAGAUUCUGGAGUUUAUAAAUUACAGAUAAUCACUGAAAAUCGUUCUAACUGGAUUUACAGGAUUGAAGUGUAUGCUCCAGCUCCAACACCAACCAUAAGUCUGAAAAAAAAACACACGUUUCCAAGAGAGAUCUGUGUCCUUGUGUGUUCUGUGGAGAAUGGGAAGGAUGUGAAUUUGUCCUGGUAUGAAGAGAAAGAGAGAAUCUCCACCACCAAUAGCACAGACUUCAGUGGCAAUAUCUCUCUUCCUCUGAAUAUAACCAACCCAAACAACUCUACUUACACCUGUGUAGCUGCUAAUCCAGUUAACAAUCAGACAACCCCGCUCAACAUUACAGAACUCUGUUAUACUAACACAGAUUCAAAAUCUAUGGUGCUGAUUGCUGUCCUAACACCUGUUGGACUGAUUGCUGUUGCUGUAUUUGCUGUUGCUGGGGCAUGUUACUGGAAAAAGAAGACAAGAAGAGGCUCAUCUGCACCUGAAAGAUAUAAUGGAAUAAAAUAUUCGCCAGGAUCUCAACAAAAUGAUACUCAGCCAUGUGAGCCAAGCGUCUCCUUCGAGAGUGAAAUUGUAUAGACAUGAAGAGGAAGGUGGACAUCAUCAUUGUACUGUGUAUGUUAUGGGAGCCCAGGGCUGAAAAAUGUUAUAUGUUAUGGUCUUUCACCAAAAGAAACACAAAAAACAUGAUUACUAGUUGACAGUACCUAUAGUUAGGGUGGCAGGAGUGUAGUAUGAUGAAGAACAAGCAUUUGCUGAGCGGCUUCUUAAAAUGGCACACACAUAAGAAAAAUAUGACAGUAAGCCUUGGGCUCAUUUGUUUAUUUGUUUGGGUUUUUUUUUCCUUUUUUCUAUUUAAGGAAA